AUGGCGUCCAGCCGUGAACAACUACGGUCUGACAAGCCCUCGACAUCUCCAUCUUCAUCUCACCCCUCCCCGGCUACCAAAGCCCCACCCCCAGCAACCGCGGCCCUCCUCCGCGAUUAUGCCCUCAACCUAGACACUGCAGAAAACCGACGAGAUUCCCCUUCCAGUAGCUCUGCGCUGCUGUCACGGAGCCCUGGGUCUACGAGUACUUUAGACGAAAACGCAGGCUGGUCCUUACCUGCCUCGACCCUUCGCUCCUUUCACCAGAAGUCGAUUAACCGACCGAGAUCAACCAAAGCACUGUCGACCGACUGUAUCCCGCGACAAACCAUCUUGAAGGCCCUGGCCUCGAGGCCGUUGAUUCUCAGUAAUCCCAGCAAUUCAUUAUCAUCCAGUUCCCUGACAAAUAUGCUCGCGAACAAAUCCGCCCAGGCUUCCCCGCCCUCCGAAGACCGGCGGCGCGGAAGCAACGCAUCCCAAAAUCUGUCCACGGCGCUCUCCAACCUCCAAUUGAGCGGAUACCUCGAUCGAUCGCCUGCGACAGCUCGACUCGUCCUUCAGUCCCCGUGUUAUUUCCAUCAACGCUUCGACGACGCCGUGAACAUAAAAAAGGUGCUGGAGGAAAUCGCCGACGAUGAGUGGCUGUCGCAUUCGCGUCUCGUUCAGACUGCAACUGGUGUGCGUGAGGUGUCAAAGCAGCUACAGCGCCGGCCUAUCAAACGGGCGGUGCGAAACGUCAUGAUUGUGACCAAGGCCCGGGAUAAUAGCUUGGUGCACCUGACUCGGGAAGUCGCCGAGUGGCUGCUUUCCACGCCCAGGUACGGGAACGAGCUUGGUGUUAAUGUCUACGUCGAUGCGAAACUGCGGAACUCGAAGCGAUUCGAUGCUCCGGGUCUGCUGCAGAAAGAUCCGAUGUUCGCUGAAAUGCUUCACUUCUGGACACCGGACCUGUGCUGGACUUCACCGGAUAAAUUCGACUUGGUCCUGACGCUCGGCGGCGACGGAACUGUCCUCUUUACCUCAUGGCUCUUCCAGCGCGUCGUUCCCCCGGUCCUCUGCUUCUCCCUCGGAAGCCUCGGCUUCCUCACGAACUUCGAGUUCUCCGAUCACAAAUCACAACUCAACGCUGUCAUGGGCGAUGUAGGCAUGCGAGUGAACCUACGCAUGCGAUUCACGUGCACUGUCUUCCGCCGCGACCGAAGCAAAAGUGCCGAGCAAGGCGCCGUCGAAGAAGGGGAGCAGUUCGAAGUACUGAAUGAGCUCGUCAUCGACCGCGGGCCAUCGCCCUACGUCUCCAACCUAGAGUUGUACGCCGACGACGAACUCCUCACAGUCGUUCAAGCCGACGGCUGCAUCUUCUCCACGCCUACUGGCUCCACUGCCUAUUCCCUAUCCGCCGGUGGCUCGCUCAUGCACCCUUCCAUCCCGGGUAUCCUCCUCACACCCAUCUGCCCACACACUCUCUCCUUCCGUCCUAUGGUCCUUUCAGACUCCCACCUCCUCCGCAUCGCAGUCCCCAACUCCUCUCGCUCAACAGCCUACUGCUCCUUCGACGGCAAGGGCCGCGUCGAGCUUCGCCAAGGUGACUACGUCACCGUCGAAGCAAGCCAGUACCCCUUCCCAACAGUCGUUUCCAACAACAACGAAUGGUUCACAAGUGUGCAGCGCGCUCUGCGCUGGAACACACGAGGCGCCAUCCAAAAGUCCUGGGACGGAAGAGACGCAGAUGCCGAAUACGGCGAGAACGAAGACGAGCAAUGGGAUAUCGAUACCGAUGCCGGCCUCGCUGGUACAGAUAGUGGUAUUGGUCCCAGUGAGGAUGGGGACGCGCUUUCUCCAAACCCCAUGCGCAGACAAAUGAGUCUGCUUAACAUGUGA